UCCUCCCACCUGGUGCGCCACAAGGCCAUCCACACCGGCGAGAGGCCCUUCAAGUGCGAGGACUGCGGCAAGCUCUUCGGGCGCGCCUCGCACCUCGCCACCCACCGCCGGGUGCACACGGGCGAGAGGCCCUACAAGUGCGUGCAGUGCGAGAAGGCCUUCACGCAGAAGGCCGGGCUGGUCCUCCACAUCCGCCUGCACACCGGGGAACGGCCCUACAGGUGCGACAAGUGCGGGAAGAACUUCCGCUCCUCUGCCCACCUCGUGUCCCACCAGCUUCUUGAGUCAGGCGAGAGGAACUUCAAGUGCUCCACCUGUGGGAAGGCCUUCAAGCAGGCAUCGUCCCUCAAGCAGCACCUGAAGACCCACGAGGCACGUGAGCCUCACCGCUGCUCCAUCUGCAGCCGAGCCUUUUCCAGGUCCUCUUACCUCCAGCUUCACAUGAGAACACACAGUGGGGAGCGGCCGUACCACUGUUUGCUUUGCAACCGGACAUAUGCCAAAAUUUCUACCUUUGAAAAACAUUGUAAAAAGCACCAGCAGGAUGAGGAAAGGUCUGAUGUUAGACCCAGGCCAGUGACCACCAGGGCAAAAGCCUUGGCUGAAAAGAAAAAGCAGGAGCAGAAACAGCAGCAGUGUGACCGAGAGGACAGCCUUGAGCAACCUCUCCAGGCUGACCCGAAGCAGUAG